CUGAAGAGGUUGAUGGCAGUGAUUACGAUGUCUAUCCGGAUAUCAAAUAUGAACGGUGGAACCCAAAUAUGGAUAUUAACGCAAAAACCUACCUGGAUGCAUGGAAUGUAUUAGAAUAAAUUACCGCUGAUUUGCCCUCGAAAGAUCAACAGCCCACUUCACGGAUGAGGUACGAGACACCCAUAAGAGAGGAGGACUGAGCAGGCCCCUCGCCAGCACGGCUCUCCUCUGGAGAAGCCCAGGUGCAACAGCAGCAGGGGCAGCUUUUCCCCAUCCAACUCCCUAGGACCCAAAAGUCCUAAACUCCACAUUUCCUGUCUUAGUGGGUCCCGGCGAGUGUUCAAAACUGUUUCUCCAACGCUUCUACCAAAAACUCAGACUGUUUUCCAGAGCAGAAGCAGCGGUUGGGCCCAGCAGCUCCUUCUCCCAGGGGGGAAGCCAUGGGGAGCGUGCGAAGCCACCGCUACAGCAUUGUCUCCUCCGAGGAAGACGGCAUGAAGCUAGCCGCCAUCGCCGCCGUGCCCAACGGCUACGCCAAUGGCACGGUGGCCAAGGUUCACGCUGCGCAGCAGCAGGCUGUGAGCCGCUUCGUCCAGAAAGACGGCCACUGCAACGUGCAGUUCAUCAACAUGAGCGGGAAGGGCCAGCGUUACCUUGCCGACCUGUUCACCACCUGUGUGGACAUCCGCUGGCGCUGGAUGUUGAUCAUCUUCUGCCUGUCCUUCCUCCUCUCCUGGCUCUUCUUCGGCUUCGUCUUCUGGCUUGUAGCGCUCUCCUACGGCGACCUGGAGAACGAGACGCAGAUGUGCGUGUCUAACGUCAACAGCUUCACCGCCGCCUUCCUCUUCUCCGUGGAGACACAGACCACCAUUGGCUACGGCUACCGCUACGUCACCGAGGAGUGUCCCGUGGCCGUCUUCAUGGUGGUCUUCCAGAGCAUCUUCGGCUGCAUCAUCGACGCCUUCAUCAUUGGCGCCGUCAUGGCUAAGAUGGCCAAGCCCAAGAAGAGGAACGAGACGCUGAUCUUCAGCCACUACGCUACGGUGGCCAUGCGGGACAGCAAGCUGUGCCUGAUGUGGCGCGUGGGGAACCUGCGCAAGAGCCACCUGGUGGAGGCCCACGUGCGCGCCCACCUCCUCAGGUCGCGAACCACGGCCGAAGGCGAGUAUAUCCCCCUGGACCAGAUGGACAUCGACGUGGGCUUCGACAGCGGCGUCGACCGCGUCUUCCUGGUGUCGCCCAUCACCAUUGUCCAUGAGAUCGACGAGGACAGCCCCUUGUAUGAGAUGAGCAAACAGGAGCUGGAAACGUCCCAGUUUGAGAUGGUGGUGAUCCUGGAAGGUAUGGUGGAAGCCACGGCCAUGACCACCCAGUGCCGCAGCUCCUACGUGGCCAGCGAGGUUCUCUGGGGCCACCGAUUCGAGCCAGUCCUGUUCGAGGAGAAUAACUACUACAAGGUGGACUACUCGCGCUUCGAGAAAACCUACGAGGUGAGCAGCACGCCCCAGUGUAGUGCCAGGGACCUGGCCGAGAAGAAGUCUCUGGUCUCUUGCUCCAACUCCUUCUGUUACGAGAACGAGGUGGCCCUUGAAAAAGUGGAGAUGGAGGAGACGUUUGAUGAGGAGAAAGAGGAGGAUGGGGAGGAAAAGGAGGUAAAAAUGGAGGAUCAGGGUGCUAUUGAGAACGCAACACUGGAGGAGACAAACACAGACACAGUCUCUGUACAUUCUGAACACAAUCAGGAGACCAGGAGUCUGACGAUGCCUUCCGAAGCAAGGCCUCUAAGACGAGAAUCAGAAAUAUGACUGCAGAGAUGUUAGGGGGGAAAUACUACAUGAAAUACUAUUAUGAUAGGUUUGACCUUUGCUCCUAACGGCUGUCUGUACUACUGCAGGAUGGCUUGACUGUGAGGUGAGUGUCAUUUUCUGAGGAAGACACUCAGGCACAAGCGAAUGCAGAAUUAACAGACCAGAGAAAAUGAUGCAAUAUUAUUUAUUCUCUUUACACAAGUCCCUCAUCUGGUGGGAAGCGAUGGUAGAUUGACUGAGAGGAGUUGAUGGCUCUUCUGGCCCGUGGCACUAUAGGAAUGAGACGGGUUAGGUAGCAUUUUAUACAGUGUGUGUGUGUGUGUGUGUGUGUGUGUGUGUGUGUGUGUGUGUGUGUGUGUGUGUGUGUGUGUGUGUGUGUGUGUGUGUGUGUGUGUGUGUGUGUGUGUGUGUGUGUGUGCGUGCGUGCGUGCGUGCGUGCGUGCGUGCGUGCGUGCGUGCGUGCGUGCGUGCGUGAGUCUUUGAAAGUUGCAAGAGAACAUUGGAAAGUUGUCACAUUGAGACUCCACACGAAAAAAUGAUAUAUACUGUACCUAUACUUUAGAAGUAUUACUAUAUUUAGAUACUACAGUAUUUACUGUAGUGUUUUUGUGGAUCUGUCUGUAGUAUACUGUAGUAUUUUCUGUAGUAUUUUUGCAGACAUUACUGUAGUAUACUGUAGUAUUUACUAUUGUGUUU